AUGAAAAAAAUAAAAAACCCAGUUUUAUCUAAAUAUACCCAUAGAAUUCGAAAUAAAUUCAAAAGAACGAGAAAUAAUACCAAUAGAAAUAAUAAUAAUAAUAUUAACGACAAUAAUAAUAAUAAUAAUAAUAAUGAAAACAUUAGCAGCAAUAUAAGCGAUAAAAGCAGUGGUGAUAGUAGCAGUGAUAGUAGCAUCCUUCAUAGAACAGUUCACAAUGCCCAUCACAAUGCAAAUGAUUAUAGUGACGAAGAACAAAGCGAUGAUAGCGAAAAUAGCGAAAAUAGUGAAAAUAAAGGGAAUAUCGAAUUAAAGAAAUUAAAGAAAUUAAAAAAGAAUAAAAACCUGCAGGAUAUAGAUUUAAGCUUAUUACUUCAAGAUGAAAUUUAUGAUCAAGUCGAAGAAGAUGUUUUAAAUACACUAUUAGAAUAUACAACUGAAGAAGACCUUAAAAAGUUUAAAAAAUACUUAAGGAAAAAAGAAUUAAGAUCUUCAAAAUCAACAGAAAAGGAUCAUAAUGAAUCAGAUGAAUAUUCAAUAGAAAGCGAUAAAAGUAUUGAAAGUGAAGAAAGUGAAGAAAGUGAAGAAAGCGAUAAAGAAGAAGAUAAAGAUCUACUAGAGUUAUCACCAUUUUAUUAUGAAGAUGACUAUGGUUUUCAUGAAUAUUCUGAUGAUUUUAAAUUAAAUAUAGAAGAUAUCGAAUCAAAUAGACAGGUAUUAAACGAAUCACUAGCAAAUUCGGUAUUAAGGAGGAAACCAUCAAGACUAUCAAAAUCAACUUCAAUAUCCAGCACCAAAUCACUGCCUAUUACUAAAAGUGUUAGAUCACCAAUAUCAUUAUCACCACGUAUAGAAUCAUUACCGACAACACCCAUACUAUCACCAAAGAAAAAACCAAGCACUGUGCCUACUCCUACCGCUACUGCACCAACAACACCAAAUUUAAGGGAAUCAAUAAAGAGAAAGGCUAAAUUAUAUUUAAUUCCCCCGAAACUAUUAAUGCAAAUGGAUGAUGUCGAAAUGAUUAAAGAGGAUAUUUGUGCAACCGAUCGUUCAUUAGCUGGAUAUAUUAGAACUGGACUAUCGAUCACUGGUUUGGGUGUUGCCGUUCUGUCGAGAAUAGGUGUAACAACCAAAACACUUAUUGUAUCAAUAAUAUUUUUCGCCUAUGGUAUUUCAUUAACAAUUAUUGGCAUAAGAAGAAACAAAGUACUCUCAAACUAUUUAAAAAAGGGAUAUAUGAAACCAUCGAUUAUUUCAGUUAUUUUAGUUACAUUAUUAACAUUUGUUAUUAUUGGCUCUUCAUAUUAUGUAAUUGCCUAA